UUGUAAAAUUAUGUGAAUAGAAUAAAAAAGAUAAUUGUUUUGGACAAACCUUUCUAAAGGGUGUAAAUUCGGUGUGACAGUAUGCUUGAGGCCGUGUAAGGUGGUCUCCUUGCUGAAUUUAGUAUAGACAGCGUAGGCCGGCGCUAUGGACGACCUAGUCGACUCUAUAUACGAGUUCGUUAAAGUUCGCCAGCUCAAUAUUGUGAUUGUGGCACUUCUAAGUAUUGUGUACGUGAUGUACCAGUACAGAAGAUUAAUCUUCAAGUGUUAUUACGACGGAUGUGAUGAAGAUGAAUACGGGGACUACAGACCACGGCUUUCAAGAUCUCGCUCCAGAUCUUACUCAAGAUCAAGGUCCAGACCCAGGUCGACAAGUAGUUACAGAAACUAUAAAAUGGACGACACAAAAAAUUCCCGCCGCGGCAGAAAGUCUCAGAGACGCGGCCAUAAUUAUAAUGAUUGA